CUUCCCAGCCAUGGGUGCGUGGGGACAGUUCUGGUCCCUUGUGUGGAAGAAUUACGUCAUCAGGAAGCGACAUCCGAGUUUCGUGGUUUUAGAAGUCGUAUGGCCAGUGUUGAUGUUUGUAGCUUUAGCGCUGUUCCGGCUCGGGUUCCCGCCUGACCAUAGGGAAACAUGUCAGUUCCAAGAACGCGCACUGCCGAGCGCGGGAAUGAUCCCCUUUCUGCAGACGUCAAUAUGCCAGUUGCAGAACAACUGCUCAAACCAGGCCUGGAAAGAAGAAAGAGAGACGGCACAGGCCAAUUUCCAGCAACUAAUAGGUGGAGUGACACCAAUUUUGGAGAAGGAAUCCACUGUUCAGGCUUUCAAAGCAUUACCAAAGAUGAACAAAGUCCUGAAGGCAUUGCAGAACUUUUCCAAGGAAACCAGUUUAGAUGAGAUUGAUGAAGCACUGAAGUUAAAGAACAUGUUCAAAGACCCAGCAAGGGUGAUCGACAUCAUAGCCAACAAGUAUGGUAUAUUAUCACCCAAGAUGGCAGAAUAUCUUCUGGAGUCUACUCUCAAUCCAGUGGCGAUCAUGGAAAUGCUGGGCAGUCUAGACAUGAAGAAGGUGGUGUGCGAUCCGGCAGAGCUUACAAAGUACCUGUUGCUCAGCCCGAAGGUUAACAAAUACUCUCUGUCAGAUCAGCUGUGUCGUAUAAAUGAUGCCCUCAUCUCCAACAUUACCAACGAGCUUGUGAGGCAGCUCGAUGUGGCCAAGGUUAUUAAACUGGGUCAAGAUCUUAUGAAGGCGACGGGAUCACUUGAUGUAGCCAUGCUGCUUGGUGACAUCGCAAACUUAGUGGAGCGUUUCUUAGAUGAUUCGAGCAUUCUAAGCAUGUUCAUGCAAUCACAGGCCAUACCGGACCUCAGUGCGUUGCCCCUUGCAUUGCAUUCCGUGUCCAAACUACUGCCUUUACUAAUGAACAUCCAAGGAAAUGAGCUAGAAAGUGUCCGAAAGAUGAUUGAUGUUGUGUCCCCCCCUUCUGGAUCUCAUUCUACCCGACAAAACCAUGGCAGCAGAACUCCAGAAGUUAAUGAAAGGAUUAACAGAUAUUCUCAAUACAGAUGGUAUCCAAGAUAGCAACCCUCUAGAUGUGUUAAAAGACUUGAUCCCAGCCCUGCUAAACAGCAGCAAACUCCUUAGCAACCUCACAGACUCCAUCAACAUGCCACUCCUCCAGGAUAUAUUCAG